AUGGAGGAGAAAAGUGAUGUAUAUAUGAAUGUCAAUGAGGAUAAGAAUCUGCUUUACUUCUUAGAUUCCACCACGGAGCAGACAGCCUUGGACCCAAGGAGUUUUUCUAAUGACGGAGGAAUGACUGCUAGGCUGCUCAGCCAGGGGCUUCUGACCUUCGAAAAAGUGGCCGUGCGUUUCACCGACGAGGAGUGGACGCUGCUGGACGCAGGACAGCGGGCCCUGUACCAGGAGGUCAUGGCGGAAAAUUAUGGGAUGGUGGCCUCUCUAAGAUCAGGUAACUCAACGCUGGACUCUAAGGAUGGUUUUCGGCUAGAAAGACCCAAGGAGACAAACCAUCAUGGGACAUUAUUGGAAAGAGCCCUGGGGAACCUCACCCAAGGCCCCAACACUCAGGAAGGUCUUGAAAUUAAGCAGGAGACGGACAGCUUGCUGGAAGUAAAGUCUGACCUAGCCUUGUUUUGUGAAGAGGUGUCUACAGACGGCUCCACGGAAAACCAUCAAGGAAGAGAUGCCGGUUUUGAUCGCUCUAGAAACCACCAGCAAAGAGCAAAUUGUUCCAAGAAUCAGAACGCGCCGACGGAAAGCGAACGGAUCUAUAAGUGCUCUUAUUGCGGGAAGAGUUUUGAGAAGAGCUUAGACCUGGUUACCCACGAGAGAGCUCACAUCGGAGAGAAGAUAUACAGGUGCUCCCACUGCGAGAAGCGGUUCUCUCACUGGAUCGACCUUCUGACUCACAAGAGGAACCACCAAGGGGAGAAGCCGCACCAGUGCGAACUGGACUGCCCCAAAUGCCACAGGCAGAGGACUUUUCCGAGGGCGCCCCGCAGAGCGCCACCCGGAGAGCAGGCGUGUCAGUGCCCGGUUUGCGGGGAACGUUUCAGCUGGAAAUCAAACCUUAUCAGACACCGGAGAAUCCACACAGGGGAGAAACCCUACCGGUGCACUGAGUGUGGGAAAAGCUACACUCGUAAAACAGCCCUUGAUAGACACAAAAGGAACCACGUGGGGGAGAAAGUCUGUGAGAUCGGUGCUCCGAGCCUGGGGCAGGCAUCAGUGUUGGUCCUCCUUGUAUGAAUCACAUGGAGCUUGACGAGAAAAAUGUUGUGUUGUAUUAAAUAUAUUAAAUGUAUUAAACAUGGGAGGAAGUUCACUUGCAGCUAAA